UGAAAAAAAAAGCGUAAAAACAUGCAUUAGUUGAAAAAAAAAAUGCAUUAUAGUUAGUUUUCUGGACUGUCGUGACUGGUUAUAGAGAGAUCACACAUUAGUCAGUUACUUUUCAGACAGCGAGACUAUUAUGGCAGCUUCCAGGAGAAAACAGAACAAGACCAAACAACACACUGAAAGCUCCACAGACCUUAAAACCUUCUUCGACUUCGACACUCUGGAGGGAAAGAAAGGAAGUGGAUCUGACGAUGAUACGAGAGAUGAAACUCAGAUCAUUGACAAGCUGACCAAGAAAAGAUCUGCAGAUACAUUUGAUGAUGAUGACCUUAAUGCAGGUGUGGGGAAUGAGGUUCAAACUAUGCUGGAAAGAUUUGGUGCGGACAUCAGCAAAGCCAUGCAGACCAAACGGAAACGCCUGGAGGUUCUCACCAAAAACUCCCUAAAGGGGAGCACUCAGAAACUGGAGCAAAUGUGGAAAUCCCAGCAGAAUCAGAGGCAAAAGCUGACACAUGAUUAUUCUCAGGAAGUUCUCUCUGUGCUUCAGCAGUGGGAAACCGAUGUUCAGAAAUCUGAGGAGCAGGAGGAGAAACUGAAUAAUUUGUUUCGCCAGCAGCAGAAGCUCUUCCAACAGGCAAGGGCUGUGCAAAACCAGAAAAUGAAAACCAUCAAAGACCUGUUUGAGCAGUUUGUCAAGAACAUGGAUGAGAUGGAGAAAAGCCAUGAAUCCUUCCUGCAGGGCACCCAGAUGGAGCUGAGAAAGGAGAUGGCCCUGCUGCAGAAGAAGAUAAUGAUGGACACACAACAGCAGGAGAUGGCCACAGUUCGGAAGUCCCUCCAAUCAAUGCUGUUCUGAAACAUCUUUCUGUUCUUUUGUCAACACUGUAGAAGAACCUCAUGUUCUAAAAGGAAGGUUUUGUUUUUUUGAAAAUGAAUAUUGUUUGUAUAUUUUUACAUCACUUUGUUCAUUUUAAUUCAUAAU